CCCCCGCCGCGCCCCGCGCCCGCCCUUGCUAGCAGGCGCCUCCCGCCCCCCGCAUUGCUGAUGCUGCUGCUGGCAGACAUGGACGUGGUGAAUCAGUUGGUGGCUGGGGGUCAGUUCCGGGUGGUCAAGGAGCCCCUCGGCUUCGUGAAGGUGCUGCAAUGGGUCUUUGCCAUCUUCGCCUUUGCCACAUGCGGCAGUUACAGUGGAGAGCUCCAGCUGAGCGUGGAGUGUGCCAACAAGACCAAGAGUGACCUCAACAUCAAGGUCGAAUUCGAGUACCCCUUCAGGCUGCACCAAGUGUACUUUGAUGCGCCUACCUGCCGAGAGGGCACCACCAAAAUCUUCCUGGUAGGGGACUACUCCUCAUCAGCCGAAUUCUUUGUCACCGUGGCUGUGUUUGCCUUCCUCUACUCCAUGGGGGCUCUAGCCACCUACAUCUUCCUGCAGAACAAGUACCGAGAGAACAACAAAGGGCCCAUGAUGGACUUUCUGGCCACGGCAGUGUUCGCCUUCAUGUGGCUGGUUAGCUCAUCGGCGUGGGCCAAGGGGCUGUCAGAUGUGAAGAUGGCCACAGACCCAGAGAACAUUAUCAAGGAGAUGGCUGUUUGUCGCCAGACAGGGAACACGUGCAAGGAGCUGAGGGACCCUGUGACCUCUGGCCUCAACACUUCAGUGGUGUUCGGCUUCCUGAACCUGGUACUCUGGGUUGGCAACCUGUGGUUCGUGUUCAAAGAGACCGGCUGGGCUGCCCCAUUCCUGCGCGCGCCUCCCGGCGCCCCGGAGAAGCAACCGGCCCCCGGGGACGCCUACGGCGAGGCGGGCUAUGGGCAGGGCCCAGGCGGGUACGGACCCCAGGACUCCUACGGGCCUCAGGGAGGCUACCAGCCAGACUACGGGCAGCCUGCCGGCGGCGGUGGCGGUGGCUACGGGCCUCAGGGUGACUACGGGCAGCAAGGAUACGGCCCUCAGGGUGCGCCCACCUCCUUCUCCAAUCAGAUGUAAUCUGGUCAGUGCAGCCCGGGAGGACCCCAUGGGUGGGCAAGAGCUCAGGAGAAGGCCUGCCCUCCCUUACCACCCCUACACCCCAGGUCUCCACCCCUCAAGCCAGGAGACCCCUACCUGUCUUUGCUGUUUAUAUAUAUAUAUAUAUAUAUUAUAUAAAUAUCUAUUUAUCUGUCUGAGCCCUGCCCCCAUUCCAUUCCCCUCAUGCACUAGGGGCCAAUCUUGAGUGGGCCCCUCUCUUACCCCUACCCCUUUCCCUGCAUCCCUUGGCCCCUCUCUAUUCUCUGUGCCCUGAAGUUGGGAGACUCUGAAAGGGGGACAGGUUGGGGACAGGCUUCAGCUGUGUGGGGAGGGUGGGCGUGACUUCACACUCUCUCCCCUCUUUCCCUUCUCUCCUUCCAAAUCUUGCCUUGAUUCCUCUAGCAAUGCCUGAACAGGACCAUUAGGGGAAAGUCAACCCUGAGGUAGGGAGAAAGACAGAGAUUGAAGGGCCCAAGUUGGUCUUGGCUAGGAGCUCUGGAGUGGAGGGAACUCUUAAGCUGGGGUUGGGUUCCGGACAUACUGGAUCUAGAGUCUAAAGACAGCGGUGCCCCAGAGCAUUCUGGCGUGGGGCUUAGGAAGAGGAUAAGGGCGUGGUCCAAAAGGGGGCGGAGCUUAGCGUGAGGCAACGGGUGGACCCCAGAGAGGGCAGGGUUUGGAACAGGACAGGGGUUCUGUGGAAGGGGUGUGACUUGGGGCCUGGGCACUGGGCUUGAAAUAAUGCUGAGGGUGUGGUUCUAGAAGGGAUGGGGAUAGAACUAGUCAGUGGGUGAAGCUCCAGAGGGAGUGGGUCUUGGAUUGGGACAUAGUCUACCGAAGGGUGCGGCUUGGAACAUCCAAGAGGCUGAGUUUGAUUUUAAAGCAGGCAGAUCUUGUGUGAGAUCAAGAAGUAGGAUUCUGGAAUGGGCCAAGCUUGACUGAGGUCGCGGUCAGGGUUCCAGAUGGGGCAGGGCUUGUAGUCCGUUGUAUAUGAUGGUUUCAAAAGGGGCAGCCCCUUCUUCCAUGGGGCAAUGAAAAAAUGUUUUGAAAGAGAACAGGUUUGGCAGUGGGAGUGGGCAGGUUUGCCUAGGGGCUGUGAGGUGAGGCUUCUUGGGGAUGAGAGAGAUAUCCCUAGCCAAGGCUGGGGACUGAGGUGGCCUGGGAAGAGUGUGACUUGGAGGAUAGAGGUGGUGUCCAGAGAGAAAGGCCUACACACAUACACCCAUGCCCCCCUCCAGAUGGGAUAAUUAGGUAAUUAGUUGACAGAGCCAACAGGCGUGUGGGGCCUCUCCCCCUUUCCCUGCCUCUUCCUUCCCUCCCUACCCCACCCAUCCUGGGGUGGCUGGAGGCCCGGUCUGGAGCCCCUAUCCUGUACCCUCUGCUGUGUCUGUGCCGUUGGUAGUGCCUGUGAUCGUGUGUUGCCAUUUGUCUGGCUGUGGCCCCUUCCCCUCCCCUCCAGACCCCCACCCUUUCCCAAGCCCUUUGGUAUUGUUUGAAGACUCCCUCCCCAAGGAAGAACAAAUAUGAUUAAUUCUCCUCCCCUAAAUAAACUCCUCAACCACCUAGUCCACCCGG